GCUCAACCCCACCCGAAAUAAUAACGUCCCCGGGUUCGAUUCACUCAGUCUCCUUCCAACUGUUUCCUUCUCUCUCUAGAUUUCUGGGUUCAAGUGCUUACUCUUGAGAGAGAGUAAACGGUGGUCUGUGAGUAAAUGGCGGCAGCGUCAGAUUUACUAGAGGGGACUAUACAGAACGUACUGGAGCAAGAGAGCCUCAAGUGGGUCUUUGUUGGUGGCAAAGGUGGUGUGGGCAAAACGACAUGCAGCUCGAUCCUCUCGAUCCUUCUCUCCCGAGUCAGAUCCUCCGUUUUGAUCAUCUCCACCGACCCCGCUCACAAUCUCAGCGAUGCUUUUCAGCAGAAGUUCACCAAGACUCCAACUUUGGUUAAUGGGUUCACCAAUCUCUAUGCCAUGGAAGUGGAUCCUACCGUUGAGCACGAAGACAUGAGCGGAAGCGAUGGAAUGGAUAAUUUGUUUUCUGAUCUAGCAAAUGCCAUUCCUGGAAUUGAUGAGGCCAUGAGCUUUGCAGAGAUGCUAAAACUGGUCCAAACAAUGGAUUAUUCGGUUAUAGUAUUUGAUACUGCACCAACUGGCCAUACGCUUCGACUGUUGCAGUUUCCAUCAACCAUGGAGAAAGGUUUGGCGAAAGUGAUGUCUUUGAAAAAUAAAUUUGGCGGUUUAAUGACUCAGAUGACAAGCCUCUUUGGUGUUGGUGACGAGUUUGGAGAGGAUGCAAUUCUGGGAAAGCUGGAGGGCAUGAAAGAUGUGAUUGAACAAGUUAAUCAGCAAUUCAAAGAUCCAGACUUGACAACCUUUGUCUGCGUUUGCAUCCCAGAGUUCCUCUCUCUCUAUGAAACAGAGAGACUGGUGCAGGAACUCACCAAAUUCGAGAUAGAUACACACAAUAUCAUCAUUAACCAAGUACUUUACGAUGAAGAAGGCACAGAAUCUACUCUACUCAAAGCAAGAAUGCGAAUGCAACAAAAGUACCUAGAUCAGUUCUACGUGUUGUAUGAUGACUUUAACAUCACCAAGCUGCCAUUGCUGCCGGAAGAGGUUACAGGAGUUGAUGCUCUAAAAGCGUUUUCGUGUCAUUUUCUGACACCAUACCAACCUUCCACCAGCAAAGGCACAGUGGAAGAGUUGGAGCAAAGGGUGCUCACUCUAAGGCAGCAGUUGAAAGACGCCGAAACAGAACUAGAAAGACUGAGGAAAGGAAAACAAAAGGUCUAAUACUCUCAUGUUUACCACCCUCCUAGUUUAGCAUCGGAUGGCAUACUCCCUCCCCAGUUUAGGCUAUGCCGAUGGAUGUUUCCGGGUUGCUUGGUUUAUUUGAUGAGUUCUUAUACGUUGUCCUAGAAUCUAGAUCAUAAGAACUGUCAUGUAUUGGACAUUAAUGUAAUUUACUUCAUUGAAGAUUCCGACGUCGAAGAAUUUAUAGGCGAAAUCAUUUUGUUCUAUCACCUGCCCUUGGCUUUAUGUCAGAUUGUGUUGCAAUUUUGUUGCGGAAAUAAUAGUAAAUGGAUUAUAGGCUUUGUAUACAUUGGAUUCUGGCACCAUUGUGGGAGUAUGAAUUGGCAUUUUACAGGGA